GUUGGAGUUUUUGCCGUAUCUACCCCCACCACCGCCGUUAUAAAUUCAUUCCCGGCUGGAAGGAAAGAGAAUAAAUAAUAAUACGACAGGACUGGAGAAAUCAGGAGUCCAAAUCAGAUUUAAUAGCAAAAGGAUGUGUUGCAACUAACCAGCCACAAAUUUCAUAAUGUCUGCUGUUCUGAAGCGGUUGUGUUACAUUGGAUUCCAUGUUCUUCAUGGCCAACAGCUGGCCAGUCACCUGGUGCAAAGGUUUGGCUUUGAACUGUUUGCUAUACGGGAAGCAGAGAGGAAGAGGCAGCAGGCUUUCCGAAGAGGAGAUGCUAUUUUUGUUGUCAAUGAAGAGCAGGAGCUGACUGAGAAAACCUUUUCAUCUUCAGAUUUACCUUCAGACUGCUAUAAGCAUAAAGGGAUCCUGUAUGAUGUGAACCUGCAGUACAGAGUCAGUACAGCUUCCAAUAUUUGCUUUGAAGUAGAGGAUGUCCCUGCAAUCUCCCGAAAUCUACAAGAGAAAGGCUGCAAGAUCCUUAUUCCUCCCACCACUGAAGCAGAUGAAAAGGGCUUUGUGACUUACUCCGUAGUGAUGUCCAUUGUGGGCAAUGUCAGCCAUACUCUUCUUGACCGAUCCCGGUAUGGUGGAUCAUUCCUGCCUGGUUUCUGUGAAGUUUCCCCCAAGAAAUUCCAGAAGGAGCAGGAAACUGUACAUUUUGAUCACAUCACCUAUGCCUGUCUGCAAGGUAGCUCACAAGCUGUGCUGGACUGGUACAAAAACUGUUUUGGCUUCCAGCGCUUCUUCAUCCACCAUCAAGAUGAUGCUUCAGAAGGCUUUCGGAUUCAGGGGGAAGACAUGGGCCUUCGUCUUACUGCCAUGCAAUACAGUGAUGAUCGAUUGUCACCCUUUGAGCCUGACUGUAAAUUUGUUCUGGCUGAGUCACUGCCAAUGCAAAAGAUGGGCCAGGUGGACACUUUCUUACAGCAGCAUGAAGGAGCUGGCAUCCAGCAUGUGGCCCUUUAUACCACAGACAUUGUAAGUACUGCUGCAGCCAUGGCAAAGUCAGGAGUAAGCUUUUUCAAACCCCCCGUAUCCUAUUACAAUGAGAAAAGCAAAGAGGAGAUGCAGCACAUUGGGCAAGAUCUUCAGCUCCUGAAAAACCAGGGCAUCCUUUUUGAUGCAACAGUAGAUGACAAAGGAUAUAGCCCUAGCCUCCUCGAGAAGCAAUACCUGAUGCAGAUCUUCACUAAGCCUCUUUUUACAGAAGAGACCUUCUUCAUAGAACUCAUUGAGCGCCAUGGGGCUGCAGGUUUCGGUGAGGGAAAUGUCCGGGCUCUUUGGAAAUCUGUACAGGAUUAUAUGGAUCAGCAGCAAAGACCCACUCUACUCGAGAACAAAGCCUGACAGAAUGUUCUUUAUGUUCUGCUCAGAGGCACCUUGAACUGCGAGAUGGGUGGCAAAUAAAUUUGAUAAAUUAUAGCUAAAUAAUAUAGUGCUGCCUCAGAUAGGAUUAAUGCCCACGUUAGAACAAAGCAUAUGGACUGAUUUGGUUCAAAUAUGUACUGAUUUGGAUUAAAGAGUGUCCAAGUGACCUGGAGACCCUCUAAUUAGAACCCAUGCAUGUUUGAUGAGAACUGAAACCUGACUGUAGCAACGUUGUGAUAAUAAUAUCACACUUGAAAGCACGUAGGUUUUGCAAUGCCUAGUUGAACUACUGAAUUGGUAAUUGAUUUUUCUUUAACAAAGUACAGAGGCCUGAGAGAAUGGCUGUGAUAUUUUCCCUAGGAAGAGAGAAAUGCUCUCUAUGUUAAAAUAAGUGACUGCUAUCUGCAGAACCUCCCGUCUUUGGGACCAUGGAGUUCAAAUCUGAAAAGGUGUAAGAUUCCUGUUGCUUAAUUACAGUACUCUUAUUGAAGAAUGCUGCCAAGUUAGGUAAGAAAAAGUGUCAAUGAAAACAACCAAGCUCUGAAGACACAAAGACCAAACUGUGGACUACAUAUUCUCUUACUAUUGGAAGAAAAUCAGUUCUCUCUGUUCUUACAUACUUGCAUCCUCCAAAUUUGGUGUUAACUGGACAAAUAGGAGGCAAGGGUAUCUGUUAGCCAUUCUCACAUGAAUCAGAACAUCUUUUUAACUAUCAGAACAUGGAACUAUGGGGAAUCUUUAGCAUAGAUCCAAGCAUUUAUAUACAGAUGGAAUGUAGCUAUUAUGCUAUUUACACUCCUAAAAACUGAAAA